UGUGACCAAAAUGUAUGUGUAAAUAACGUGUGGGGAUGUACGGAACAUAAUAAGUUAAGGAAGUAUUUUGAUGGUGAAUAAAGGCACCCGAAAAGAGGAAAUAUCUGCAAAUAAUUGUCAUAUAUCUCCGCAAAUUUUACCGGAAUGGCAUUAAGGGAUAUCGAUGCAUGAGUGUGAGCAGAUGAACGUAUGGUAAUAUGUCGCAGGAUAGAGAGCCAUUAUCAAACAGUGCUCAGAGUUCUAUUAGACUUAGAGAUAUAGUCAUUCUCCAAGCAUGGACAUCUGGCUACACAAAGAAAUGGGGCCAGAAUUUACGGAAAGCGAUCUUUACAUUGCUCUUCAUCGCAUGCAACCUAACCGGAAGUGUGACCCUUCCACUGUUAUCAGCAACCAUGGAUGCGGUCGGCUCGGAUAACUUUGUAGUGAUUUACCACACGGCUAUCAUAUCUAGCAUUUUGCUGAUUUUCGUCGUGAUUUUCGUGAGGACUUGCAUAAAUAGAAGCAUACCGCUAACUUUGGCUUCAAGUUGGAAAAUAGUUUUGGCCAAUGCACUGGCUAAUGUGUUUAACUAUAUUUUGGUUAUUUUUGCCAGUCCCCCGUCCAGAACCCCGCCUUACUUACAAAGUAUUUUAUCUAUGACUGCUAUACCAUUUACUGUUCUGCUCCGGUUGGUGUUCCUUCGGAAAGGUGUCUCCCCUGGCCGCGGUAUUUGCUGCGCCGUCAUCAUUGUUGGUCUCUUCAUCUCGUCAGAACCGCAAAUCUGGGGUCUAAACACGCAACAGACUGAAAACAACGCCUCCAGCUCACUACUGCAACGAAUUCUCUGGCCGAUGUGUUUCGCUCUUGGAUUCGUGCCCUUUGCUCUCGUCAAUUUAACAUGCGAGAAAGUAUUGACAACAAGAAAUAGCGAAGCACUAAAUUUCAUUUUGUGGUCUCAACUUGUCCAAAUACCGUUAUUGACGGGAUUCUUUUGGACCGAUUUUAUACCGGGCUUUGGAAUGGUUGACAACUUCUCCGACUUCAGAAACCACUUCCAAAGGGGUCUACAAUGUUCAUAUUCCUCCGCCUCGGACUGCGGACGAGCAGUGACUAGAUCCUGGAUAUUUAUCGCCGCCUUUACUUGCGGAACGUUCUCCCAGUACUUGCUGGUGCAGAGUUCGGAUGGCGCCAUUUUUGCAUCUAUCGUUGAGGCAGUAGUUGGUCCGUUAGCGUCGCUAUUCUGGACUCUGUAUAGAUACAAUAAAAGUGACAACAGUAUACAUUGGCAUCCAGUGUUUAACGAGACUACAGCUUUCUCUCUCGCUGGUCUUGGUUUGAUGAUUCCGGGGAUUAUAUUGUAUCACUAUUUCGUUAUACAGGAGGAAAAAUCAGAGGAAGUGAAUUUAGAUAAUUUAAUGAAUACAAUUUGAACUGAGGCAGUACAUUGAUGUUUACUUACAAAUGCAUAUCGCUUAUUUAUUGCAGUGAUUCCGAAAUCGUUCAAACUAGUUUUAAAUUAAAUAAAUUAUGAUUUAAUAACA